UGCAGAGGAAGGGGCGAAGGGAGGGGUUUGCGGGGGACAGUUCACCUCUGGGUCUCCUUAAUGAAACGGGAAAGGGGGGAUGAAUGGGGAUCCACUGUAUAGUAGCCUACAACAGUCUAUUAGUGGGCUAAAAUCAGUCACACCUUGACUUUCUUCCAAACAACGCACAUCUCAUAAUGUUAUGAAUGCAGACCUAUGAUUCCUGCACAUUUAAUUAACUGUGUGAAAUGGCUAAUAAAAAUAAGUGACAAAACGAUUAAGAGGUCACCCAGGUGAAUUGGUUUGGUCUUGACUGUGGUCGCGAGUGGAUCAUGGGAAUUUGUGGAUUGUUGUCGACUGUCGAGUGCCAAACAAGAUGGACAGAAAGCGGUCAAAGCCAUUAGGUGCCCAGUUCCGAAAAAAAAGAAAAGUAGAAGAGGAGAAACGAGCAAAGGAUAAAGGGGCACUUCUAAAAUACUUUGGAGCAUCCUCUGCCACUGCUCAAGAUGAGCCACCCACAGCCCCUGUUUCACAGGAUGAGGAGGAGCCAUCAACCUCAUCAGAUGCACAGGCCUCUUCUGAGGUGGUCCCUGUCCUUGAGGAUGAGCACCAAUCCAUGUCUCCACAAACAUCUCCCUCUACGUCUGCUUCUCCUCAGCAUGAGCCUUCAGAAAUGCCUGGAGCUGAAUGCCCCACUGCUGAGGAGCCUCUGUCAACUGACCCUGCUAAAUGGCCUACGCUUCUGACGGACAGGAUUCGGACUGAACUGGUUCGCAGAGGACCCUGUAAGUUGCCUCCUGAUUUUGUUUUCCAAAGGAGUGAAAGUGAUGGGAGAAGUUGCCACCACCACUAUUUUAAAAAGACAUUAGUUAGUGGUGAAAAGAUGGCAAGAAGUUGGCUGAUAUUUUCCAUGGAGAACAAUAGCCUCUUUUGCUUCUGCUGCAAAUUGUUUUCCAAGAGGAACAUUCAUUUAAUAAGUUCAGGAUUGUCCGAUUGGAAACAUGCAAGUUCUUAUCUCACAUCACAUGAAAACAGUCCAGAACAUCUCAAUUGCAUGAAAGCAUGGAAGGAAUUGGCAGUGAGGUUAAGAAGUGGGAAAACUAUUGAUAAGCAGGAGAUGGCACUUCUGGAGGCUGAGAGGAAGAGAUGGAGAGCAGUGCUGACACGUCUCAUUGCUAUUGUGCAGUCACUAGCAGUUCGAAAUUUGGCUCUAAGGGGACACACAGAAACAUUGUUCACACCAUCAAAUGGGAAUUUUCUCAAAGAGGUCGAACUUAUGGCCAGAUUUGAUUCCAUUAUGAAAGGUCACCUUGACCGUGUUGAAAGAGGAACAGCAAGUCAACAGCUACCUGGGCCAUCAUAUACAGAAUGAGCUGAUUGAUUUGUUGAGCAGCAAACAGUUGUCAAAAUUGUCAGCUGACAGUGCUGUAAGCAAUCUUUUGCAAUGUUAUUGUGAGCCUAUAUAUUUGACACUUUAUGUCUAUAGUGAA